GUAAACAACGGAGAGUGAGUAUAUGUUAGCGGCCAUUCUUCCAGCUCGAUGAGGCCGCUAUACUUCCCCCUGGCACUGUUUGCCAACAUCUUGUACCUGGGUCAAACCUACACACUGAGAAGCUCGGUGUCCUGGGUCGUCUCCUCCAAUGAUGUGGUGGAGGACGCGGACCUGUCGGAGGAGGUCGCCCCGGCGUUGCUGGUGGACAGCGCCGGGCUGUGGAAGCAGGCGUAUCCGUCCUCCAACGUCCUCGGAGACAGUGUGGAGACCCCCGGAGAACUAGUCAAGCCCGAAAGCGACAAUGUGGCGCAGCUCUCCUCUCGCCUGUUUUCAUAUCGCCUGGAGAAAGUGAAGAAGUCCGCCAGCAGCAGCCCUCCUCCGCACCAGGAGACAGCCAGGACUGCCAGAUACAUAGCUCAUUACAGUGACUGGGGACAUCUGGCCACCAUUUCCACUCAGGACAAGAUCAAAGGUCUCCCCUUUGGGAACAUUUUCUCAGUCAGUGAUGGAACGCUGGACAACAGCACUGGAGUUAUCUACUUUUAUGUGACUCCUAUGGACAACACUGUGGCAGAUCUGAAAAUUAACCCCUACGCUUCUCUCACAUUCUCAGAGGCUGAGGGAGAAUUCUGCAGGCAAAUGGUGUAUGAUCCAGAAGAUCCAAGAUGUGCUCGACUUACCCUAACAGGCAAGAUGGUGGAAGUCCUGCCAGAGGAGCUCACUUUUGCAAAGGAGGCAAUGUUCUCAAGACAUCCUGUGAUGGCAAAGUGGCCAGUGGGACACAAUUGGUUCUUCAUGAAGCUGGAGUUGAUCCAGGUCUGGCUGCAGGACUGGAUCGGAGGGACGUCACUUAUUCCACUGGAGGACUACUUUAAAGCUACGCCCUUCUGAGAAUAUUCUAACCCAUCCAUCAGCCUACAUAUCAUUUCAGCUGUCUACACCACAGAUGUCACUCUAGAAGAGAGAAUUUCCAAACCAACAACGUGCAAAGGAAAAAAAAAACACAGCAAAAAACGUUAUUUUAAUCAGUGAAUAUUCUUAACACCUAUUUUUUUCUCUUUUGCUUCACACAAGAUGAAAUUUUCAGUUUCCUGUAUUUGGUGGGUGAAUGUAUUUAAAAUCAAUAAGCUUGUUUAAUUUGAUUGUCACAGACAUCACAGCUGGCAUAGACAACUCUGUGUCAUUUAAUGUAUUCCUUUUAAACAAAUUAUUUUGUGGGUUUGCAUUAAAACGUGCUAUUUGAAAAAUAAAUGAAUGUUAGUAUGCACAAUAUUUGUGCAUACUUUUAAAUAAAACGUCAUUAGUUGUGUUAGUAU